AUGGUUACUUUAUUGUGGAGUGGUGUUUAUUUUUUCUUGGUUAUAGAGAUUAUUGUGCUUGUUAUUUUAUUAUUCCCAUUACCAUCUUUUAUUGCUAAGAAAGUUCCAUUCUUCCUUCGUCAUGUAUUGAAGAAUAAAACUUUGUUCAUUGUUGUUCUUUCAAUAUUAACUCUUUGCUUCUGUGAAUCUAUUAGAAGUCAAAUAAAAUGUUCUCAUGAAUUAGAUGAACUUGGAGUUGAUAAUCCUCUUUUAAACAAAGUAACAAUUAGUUCAAACAAAUUCAGAAGUGAAAGAAAUAUGUAUUUGUCUGGAUUUUCAUUGUUUUUCAUUUUUGUUAUUUGGAGAGUUGGUGUCUUAUAUGAACAAAUUGAUCAAAAAGCAGAAAAAGAAAGAUCAAGCAAAGUUGAGUCUAAGGAAACAACCCCAGUUGAAGAAACUGAACGUCCAAAGACUGAUUGAAAUAUUUAAUCAGGUUUUUUAUUUUUG